GCUAGGGAUCUGUCUGAUCGUGGCCUGCUUCCCGGCUGUUGCUGUGAGUGUUGCCAAGGCCUCUGUUGAUCUUAGAGACUACCCAUCCUGCCUACAAGGAAGGGCAAGGCCGUUCAGUGCUCACGAAGAGGGGAGUGCUCAACUCCUUGCACCUUCCACUCCUUCAUGGCGGCCCCAUGCCAUCUGGGAAAUACAGAAAGGCAACCAGUUUAUUUCAGGCCAGUUGAAUCCAGAAGUGCAAGACGACGCCAAGCCUGUACUGCAGUUGUGGGCACUAUUUGUCUUUAUGUAGGAUGUUCUGACUUCCUGCAGGGAUUUGUAACUCAGACUCUUAACUAGCUUCCUGUGUCAGCAGAACUCACACCAGCAGGUGAACAAACUGAACACACCCGUCUGUCAGAGAGAAGCAGACAUAAUCAGGGGCAGUAGACCGCACGAACUAGCUCAACCUGGGCACCAGGAAGGAUAAGUUGGAAGAGGUGCCCUUUAUUGAUGCUGGGUUGGAGCACGCUCACCAUCCCACACUGUGCUCUAUCGGUGCCUGCAUUCUCUUUUGCGCAUGCGCAAUUCCUGCAGUCGUUUGUCAGGUCUCAGCAGCACUCAGGGUCGCGGCCGGAGAGAGGGGGAGUGUGGUGGGCAGCGGCCACGAUCUGUCAGGGACGCUAGACUGGCGGCUUAUGUGUGGGUGAGAAGGGAAUGAGGUCGACUCAGACCUUGGGGUCUCACUGUAACAGAGAGAGGAGGGGCCUGUGAAGGAAGGCAGAACCAGGGGCGGAGCUAAGAGAAGCCGCAUUGCUGUGUAACUUUUGCGGGAAGGUGAAGUUGGUACAGGGGGCGCCGGCCCCUGAGUUUUGGAUCUGAAGUGAGUCCUCUGAGAAGAUCUUGGGCAGCGGAGCAACUCUUUCUUUGUACCCCCAGUGUGUGUGUGUCUGACCCACCUCGUACAGCUCAGGAAAAGGGAUUCACUAGGCUGGGUUGCCUCUUCUGGAGAAGGUGUGGACUGGCUGAGGUCUGCGACCAUGAAGGUCAAAGUCAUCUCGGUACUUGAAGACAACUACAUGUACCUGAUCAUUGAGGAGCACACACGGGAGGCAGUGGCUGUGGAUGUGGCUGUGCCCAAGAGGCUGCUGGAGAUUGCAGGCCGCGAGGGGGUGUCUCUGACCACGGUGCUGACCACCCAUCAUCACUGGGACCACACACGUGGAAAUGCAGAGCUGGUGCACCUGCAGCCAGGACUGGCGGUCAUGGGAGCAGAUGAGCGCAUCUGUGCACUAACCCGCAGGCUGGCACAUGGGGAGGAGCUUCAGUUUGGGGCCAUCCACGUGAGAUGCCUCUUGACGCCAGGCCACACCUCUGGCCACAUGUGCUACUUCCUGUGGGAGGAUGAAUGCCCGGACCCACCAGCCCUCUUCUCUGGGGAUGCUUUGUCAGUGGCAGGCUGUGGCUGGCAUCUGGAGGACACUGCCCAGCAGAUGUACCAGAGCUUGACCAAGACCCUAGGCACCCUACCACCCCAGACGGUGUUCUGUGGUCAUGAGCAUACGCUGAGCAAUCUUGAGUUUGCGCAGAAGGUGGAGCCCUGCAACAACCAUGUGCGAGCCAAGCUGUCCUGGGCCCAGAAGAGGGACGAUGAUGACAUACCUACCGUGCCUUCGACACUGGGCGAGGAGCUCUUGUACAACCCUUUCCUGAGGGUGACAGAGGAUCCAGUUCGUGAGUUCACAGGCCAGGUGGCACCAGCCCAGGUCCUGGAGGUGCUCUGCAGGGAGCGAGCACGCUUCCAGCUCGCUUUGGAGCCACCACAGCCCCAGGUUCGGGCACUCCUGGCCUUGCAGUGGGGACUUCUGAGUACACCCCAGGAAAAAUGAGCCCUGGGUGGAGCCUGCUUGUCUCCAUACCCCUUCCCCUGACCUCAGGCUGACUGGAACCCUGGCCUC